UCAUCGCGCACGGACAGCAUGAACAUCUAUUACAUAGACGUGAGUGUUUACUGGCAGUUUCUUCGUUAUCUUGUGAAAAAUCGUGAUAUUUUUGGUUUCAAUUACACUACAAUGUGAUCGAUUAUUAUUUUUAAAUAUGUGAUAAAUUUUCUAAAAUAUUAUUUGUAAAAAAACUGUUUACACUUUGUAUUUCAAGUUCAAAAGCAAUUUGAAUUUGAAAUUUAAAUUCAAAAAUUUAUUAUAUUUCAAGUGUUUAAGAAAAUGUGAUGAUGAUUCUUCAAUAAUUUAUAUCAAUAAAAGUUUCAGAAUUUGGUGAUAAUCACGGUAGACGAAGGGGACACAAGUGAACAAGCGCUGUGAAACGAUGCCGUCAUCUAAUCUAACGUGAGCCGCGCCAUCAGAGCGGAUCUUCUUUGUCGAGUUGCGUAACACGCAACGAUAGCGAGAGCGUACACAGAAGACGGUGAAAUAUAACGAGUGAAGCAUUGGUCUGGCUAGAUCAAGAUCAAGCGGCCUGGCGGGAGAUCCUUCUCGAGAUCAUCGGGAAUGACGACCAUUCGAUUUGGGCCGAUGAAACGACGCCGAGAGGAAGACGUUUCAACGGCGGUACCAGAAUGACAACGACCAGGACGGUGGUCGGGAUCUCGAGGAUCCUGGUCCUCGUGCCUGUCACCGUCUGCGCGACCAUUUCUUACGUCACUGAACAACCGCCGCGAUGCAGCAACCGAACACCGCCACUUCAGACAUUGGCGAAAUGUCAAUACGACGCUGAUUGUAUGAAGAAUGCUUAUUGCUGGAACCAGGAAGCCUGUUUGUGCAAGGAAAAUUACAUUGUCUAUAAAAAUCGCACGCACGUGGAAUGCCUCAAAGUUGCGAAUGCUAUCGGAGAUCCUUGCGAGGCGGACGUUCAGUGUCGCGUGACCUUCGCUCCUUACUCGGAGUGCCGACAAAAUAUCUGCCAAUGCUCCGAUGGUUCUCACUACGUGGAAGGAAGGUGUUACGAGUCUGUAGGUCUAGGAGAGCCUUGUCAAACGCACCGGAACUGCUACAUCAGAGAUAGUUACUGCGUGACAGGAUAUUGUGCGUGUACUUUGAAGUAUCAUCCUAAUCCUCGCAAUGAUGGUUGCAUACCAAGUAUUGAAUUAGGGGAAAAAUGUUUCAAGGAUUACGAAUGCGUGGCGGAGAAUUCGAGAUGCAUCGAUAUUUGUUCGUGCAAAGUAGAUCAUGUACUAUCGAAGGAUGGCAAACAAUGUCUGAAAGUUCGCAAUUCUGUGGGGGAAUCGUGUCAAGAGAAUUCUCAAUGCCAAUUAGGCAUCAAAGAUUCUGAAUGUGGACCUGAUGGUAAAUGCAGUUGCAUUGAGAAUUUCCAUCAACGAGGCUCCGUAUGUUUCAGAGAUAUGAUGUUGAACGAUCGAUGUCAAAGUCAUAGAGAUUGCGUCACCAUUACUUAUAGGCAUUCCAACAUUACCGAAGUGAUGAACGUCGAUUGCAUAGACAAUACAUGCGUUUGCGCCAAGGAUUACAUUAUGUCAAAGGAAUUAUACGAUUGCAUCCGAUAUAGCGACAAUGGCGCUGAAAGUACAAUUUCUUGGCAACAAAUUUUUCGAAUUCUCCCUUUUAUAUUUUUCACGACUUUUUUGAUACUUUGAGCAUCGUGCUAUUAGAAAAAAGUAAUCUAAAAAAA